AUGAGUGGAAAAUAUAACGGUAUGCAAGCUGUUAUUCACCGAAAGUGCCCACUUGCCGAGUAUGUGCCUUGCGCCGCACAUUUUCUCAAUUUAGUCGGCCAAUCAGCAGUAAGUUGCUGUCUGGAAUCUGUCGGUUUUUUUGGCUUUGUCCAAGGUUUAUAUUCUUUCCUCGUUACUUCAACACACCGAUGGAAAGUAGUCCAUAAUCGGCUGAAGAAAAAAGGCUUGCCCACAGUCAAACGUCUGUCAGACACUCGUUGGUCAGCGCAUGCCGCCGCUGUUAAAGCCGUGGUCAAGGGCAACGAAGAAAUCAAAGCUGGAUUAAAAGAGAUUGCUGCAGACCCAGAGCAGAAGGGAGACACUCGAAAAGAAGCUCUUAACCACCCUUCUAAUAUGGAUCGUUUGGAGACUGGCAUACUUGCUCUGGUAUGGCACCGUAUCUUGAAGCGUUUUAAUUAACAGUAACAACCAAUUGCUUCAAUCCGCGGAUCAAGACAUUAACUCGGCUGCUGCUAUUUAGGAAUCCCUGGAAGAGUACGUGAAAAAUAUGAGACCAAAAUUUGAGCAGUUGGAGGCUGAAGGGAAAUUGCUCAGUGGAUGCGAACAUUACGAAGACGAAAUGAAACGAAAUCAAUCGCCAGCGGAAUCGUCGUUAUGA